AUGGCUAGUGGGGAGAAACAGGCUUCUCCUCCUCUGCCAACAGGUGAUGACGGGGGAGGGGGAAGUGAUGCUGGCGGAGGGAAAGAAAGAGCCACCACUGAAGCUGGGAGCCAGCUGCAGCCGUUGGAUCCAGGAAUUCCUAUCCGGGGUAUCAGGAUGAAAUUUGCCGUUCUGACAGGACUGGUGGAAGUUGGUGAGGUGUCCAACAGGGAUAUUGUGGAAACCGUAUUUAAUCUGCUUGUAGGUGGUCACUUUGAUCUGGAAAUGAAUUUUAUUAUACAAGAAGGAGAGAGCAUUACUUGCAUGGUGGACUUGUUGGAUAAGUGUGAUGUCACUUGCCAGGCUGAAAUAUGGAGCAUGUUUACAGCAAUCCUGAAGAAAAGUAUACGAAAUCUCCAGAUUUGCACAGAAGUGGGUCUUGUUGAGCACGUGCUCCAAAGGAUUGAUAAGGCUGACAAUAUGAUUGCAGAUCUGCUAGUCGAUAUGCUGGGAGUAUUAGCAAGCUACAAUGUGACAGUUCGGGAAUUAAAGCUAUACUUCAGCAAACUUCAAGGCGACAAAGGAAACUGGCCACCACAUGCUGGAAAGCUGUUGUCCGUAUUAAAGCAUAUGCCUCAGAAGUAUGGACCUGAUGCCUUCUUCAACUUCCCAGGAAAAAGUGCUGCAGCAAUUGCCUUACCUCCUAUAGCAAAGUGGCCAUACCAAAACGGUUUUACCUUUCAUACUUGGUUAAGAAUGGACCCUGUAAAUAAUAUCAACGUAGACAAGGAUAAGCCUUACUUAUAUUGUUUUCGAACAAGCAAAGGACUUGGUUAUUCGGCUCAUUUUGUUGGAGGCUGUCUGGUUGUGACCUCAAUUAAAUCGAAAGGAAAAGGUUUCCAGCACUGUGUGAAAUUUGAUUUUAAGCCACAAAAGUGGUACAUGGUUACUAUAGUACAUAUCUAUAAUCGUUGGAAGAACAGUGAACUUCGAUGUUAUGUGAAUGGAGAAUUGGCAUCUUAUGGCGAGAUAACAUGGUUUGUUAAUACAAGUGAUACUUUUGACAAAUGUUUCCUGGGCUCUUCAGAAACCGCAGAUGCCAAUCGAGUAUUUUGUGGACAGAUGACAGCUGUCUAUCUUUUCAGUGAAGCUCUCAAUGCUGCCCAGAUAUUUGCAAUAUAUCAGUUGGGCUUGGGAUACAAGGGAACCUUUAAAUUCAAGGGAGAAAGUGACCUCUUCCUUGCUGACCAUCACAAACUGUUACUGUAUGAUGGAAAACUUUCUAAUGCUAUUGCCUUUACAUACAAUCCAAGGGCUACUGAUGCACAGCUUUGCCUAGAAUCAUCACCCAAGGAUAACCCUUCUAUCUUUGUACAUUCACCACAUGCCCUCAUGCUGCAGGAUGUGAAAGCAGUCAUCACCCAUUCUAUCCAAAGUGCAAUGCAUUCAAUUGGAGGAGUGCAGGUUCUUUUUCCUCUGUUUGCACAGCUAGACUACAGGCAAUACUCAACAGACCAGCCAGACACAACUGUGUGUUCCAUUCUCUUGGCUUUCAUUAUGGAAUUGCUGAAGAAUUCAGUCGCUAUGCAAGAACAAAUGCUUUCUUGUAAGGGCUUCCUUGUGAUAGGAUACAGCCUUGAAAAGUCUUCCAAAGCACACAUUAGCAGAGCUGUUCUAGAACUUUGCCUUGCCUUUGCUAAGUAUCUGAGCAAUUUGCACAAUGGUGUGCCCUUGCUGAAACAACUGUGUGACCAUAUCCUACUUAACCCAGCAAUAUGGAUUCAUACUCCAGCCAAGGUCCAACUCAUUCUGUACACUUACCUGUCUACUGAGUUCAUUGGUACAGCUAACAUAUACAAUGCAAUACGACGAGUUGGGACAGUUCUACUGGCAAUGCACACUUUGAAGUAUUACUAUUGGGUCGUGAAUCCUCAAGAUCGCAGUGGAAUUGUUCCCAAAGGUUUAGAUGGACCUCGACCUAAUCAGAAAGAAAUUCUUUCUCUGAGAGCCUUUGUAUUGAUGUUCGUCAAGCAAUUGGUGAUGAAGGAUCAUGGAGUGAAAGAAGAUGAACUACAGGGUAUCCUCAACUAUCUCCUCACAAUUCAUGAGGACGACAAUUUAAUGGAUGUCCUGCAGCUGCUUGUUGCUCUCAUGUCAGAACAUCCCAGUUCUAUGAUCCCUGCCUUUGAUCAGAGGAAUGGAUUACGUGUUGUCUACAAACUUCUUGCAUCAAAAAGUGAAGGGAUCCGAGUUCAAGCUCUGAAGGUGCUGGGAUACUUCUUAAAACAUUUGGCACCCAAGAGGAAAGCUGAAGUCAUGCUUGGACAUGGUUUGUUCUCAUUGUUGGCUGAGAGGCUUAUGCUUCAAACAAACUUAAUUACUAUGACCACAUACAAUGUGUUGUUUGAGAUACUUAUUGAACAGAUUUGUACUCAAGUGAUACAUAAGCAGCAUCCUGACCCAGAUUCAACAGUGAAAAUUCAAAAUCCUCAGGUUCUGAAAGUUAUUGCUACAUUGCUGCGUAACUCUCCUCAGUGCCCAGAAACUAUGGAAGUCCAUCGAGUUUUCCUUUCGGAUAUGAUUAAGCUUUUUAACAACAGCAGAGAUAAUAGAAGGAGUUUACUACAGUGUUCUGUAUGGCAGGAGUGGAUGCUUUCCCUGUGUUACUUUCAUCCAAAAAAUUCUGAGGAACAGAAGAUAACAGAAAUGGUGUACACCAUUUUUCGAAUAUUACUUUACCAUGCAGUAAAAUAUGAGUGGGGUGGCUGGCGUGUUUGGGUCGAUACCCUAGCAAUCACACAUUCAAAGGUAACUUAUGAAAUGCACAAAGAGAGCCUCUCUCAGAUGUUCAGGGAAUAUCAAGAGAAAGGAGAUGAAGAUACAGGUGCAGGUCCAUCAACCCAGGUUAGAACAGUCUCAGGUAGUAGUAAGGAAACUGAAGUUGCAGGAACAGUGCAACACCUGGAAAUAAAAGAAGCUGGUACUGCUGCAUAUUCUGAUGGAAGUGGUAAUGUGCAAAGCAGUACUCAGAAGACUGAAAGUAGAUCAUCAGAUUGUGAAAAACAAACUGAUUCAUCAGAUGCAAUUAGAGAAGUCAGAAUAGAAAGAGAAAAUGGUCAGAAAACCUCUGAUUUAAAUGAAGCACCUUGCUUAGAGCUUCCUAUACAGGCAGAAGCGAUAAAACAAACUUCAGAAGCCUCUUCUGACAUAAUUGAAGGAAUCCAUGAGGAAGAAAAGGUAGUUGCCACUGAGGUAGAAUCACCUGCACAAAACAUUGAUGGGGAAGCACUUGAAAGCCCUGAGAUAUUAGAAAAAUUGAUACCGGAAGUGGAGGAUGAGGAAGAUGAUGAUUUUGUUGAUUUAAAAGAGGAGAGCAAUUUGCCAUUUACCCCAGAAGAAUGUCCCCCUAAUCCCAGUGAAGACCAUACGUCUGGAAGCCAGGAAACAUCUGCAGUGCAGGAACAGCAAACAGUGAUGUUGAAGGAACCAGCUCCAGUAACAUUAGAAACCAAAAAUACUGACGCAUCGGUGGAAAGAGAACAAGAUCCAGAUACCUUGCCAGAAACCAGUUCUUCUUUAAUAAAGAAUGCAACACCCCAGUCAAAUUCACACGUUGAGAAGGUAGAGGAAGAAAAUACUGACCAAUCCCUUACCAAAACAACUUCAGAUGAUUCGCAGCCACACACUUCAGAAAAGAAGAUUGCUAAACUUGAUGUUUCCAGUGUUGCAUCAGAUACUGAAAAAUUGGAACUGAAGUCCAGUGCAAUUCUGGAAAUAAAUCAAGCACUGAGGCCCAUUCCUGAGACAUCAAGGCAACAAGAUUCGUCAGGUCAACUUGGAGGGGCUGUUUCAGAUGGACAGAGAAGAGAUUCCAGGUCUACUAUGUUCCGUAUUCCAGAAUUCAGAUGGUCACAAAUGCACCAGCGCUUACUCACAGACUUGCUGUUUUCCAUAGAAACAGACGUACAGAUGUGGAGGAGCCAUUCUACCAAGACUGUGAUGGAUUUUGUGAAUAGCAGUGACAACGUCAUCUUUGUGCACAACACAAUUCAUCUGAUCUCUCAAGUGAUGGAUAAUAUGAUAAUGGCUUGUGGUGGCAUAUUACCUUUGCUUUCUGCGGCUACAUCUGCUACACAUGAACUGGAAAAUAUUGAGCCUACUCAAGGAUUGUCCAUAGAAGCUUCUGUAGCAUUCCUUCAAAGAGUAAUCAGCCUUGUGGAUGUGUUAAUAUUCGCAAGCUCUCUUGGAUUCACUGAAAUAGAGGCUGAGAAAAAUAUGUCGUCUGGUGGAAUUUUACGACAGUGUCUUCGACUUGUGUGUGCAGUGGCAGUAAGAAACUGUUUGGAGUGUCAGCAGCAUGCUCAGAUGAAGCCUAGUGGAGAAAAUGUUAAAUGUCAGAAAGCAGUACAAAGCCUGAUAGUAGAAGGAAGGCCUGGAGCAAAGAGUCCAGUUGAUGUUGUGACUGGGGGAAUUUCUCCAAUAAGAGAUAUUGACAGACUUCUGCAGGAUAUGGAUAUUAACCGGCUUCGUGCGGUGGUGUUCAGAGAUAUAGAGGACAGCAAACAGGCUCAAUUCUUGGCUUUGGCAGUGGUAUAUUUUAUCUCAGUCCUCAUGGUUUCAAAAUAUAGAGAUAUUCUGGAACCUCAAAAUGAACGGAGGAAGCCUCAGACAGUUCAGUCAGUUAAGGCAACAGUAACAACAGAAAGCACUCCUGCGGUUAUUAGCGCUCCCAUACCUGCAGAGGAACCAGAAGGUGCAGCAUCUGUACAAAGACAAGACUCAGGUAUCGAAGAGGAAGUACACCCUGUACCAGGGCACAAUUCAGAAGCUGUGAGGGAAAUAGAAGCCCAGGGUCUCAGUGCAGGCCCAGAUGCCGUCAGCGAAGUACUGUGCACGCUUUCUUCAGAAGUCAAUAAAUCUCAGGAAAACAGAAGCGAGCCGCAAAGUGAGGUGGAUGGGAAGGCUACAUCCUCCAUGCCAGCUGCAAAAAAUGUCAACGUAAAAGAUAUCCUAAGAAGUUUGGUCAGUGCCCCUGCAGAGGGGACCACAGUGGAUCCUACAGUUCUACCACCAACCUUCCUUGGUGCCCUUGGGGAUGCUACUGAACAGCCUGUACAGUUUCGGUCCUUUGACAGGAGUGUUGUUGUGGCACCAAAGAAAUCAGUGACUUCUUCUGCAGCUACUAUUAAUGUUCCCACAAAUGCUGUCAGUGUGGUUUCAUCUUUGGAUUCAGGCCAAGCCCCAGAUUUAACGGGAGGAUCUCCUGGCAGCGGAUCAUCCAAUUCAAGGUUGCCUUCUGUUCCAACAGUUUCUUCUGUGCCUGGGGAUUCUGCUUCAAAUAUGAGUAUUACAGAGAGACUUGAGCAUGCUUUGGAGAAGGCUGCCCCUCUUCUGAGGGAGAUAUUUGUGGAUUUUGCUCCUUUUCUUUCUCGUACUCUUUUGGGUAGCCAUGGGCAAGAGCUACUGAUAGAAGGUACAAGUCUUGUAUGCAUGAAAUCUAGUAGUUCAGUUGUGGAAUUGGUCAUGCUUCUUUGCUCUCAGGAAUGGCAGAACUCAAUACAGAAGAAUGCAGGUCUAGCUUUCAUUGAGCUUGUCAAUGAAGGAAGAUUGCUGAGCCAAACAAUGAAGGAUCAUCUAGUCAGAGUAGCAAAUGAAGCAGAAUUUAUCUUGAGUAGACAGAGAGCUGAAGAUAUUCACAGGCAUGCUGAAUUUGAGUCAUUGAGCGCCCAGUAUUCUGCAGAUAAACGAGAGGACGAGAAGAUGUGUGAUCAUUUGAUAAGGGCAGCUAAAUAUCGAGAUCAUGUGACAGCAACACAAUUGAUACAGAAAAUCAUCAACAUUCUGACAGACAAGCAUGGAGCCUGGGGCAGUUCUGCAGGAAGUCGUCCUCGUGAGUUCUGGCGCCUUGACUACUGGGAAGAUGACUUGCGGCGCCGGCGACGAUUUGUCCAUAACCUCCUUGGAUCGACACAUCCUGAAGCAACGUUAAAAGCAGCCAUAGAACAUGCUCCAGAUGAAGAUGUACUUGUUAAAGGAAAACAGUCCAUCAAGAGUCAGGCUUUAGGAAAUCAGAAUUCGGAGAGCGAGAUUCUCCUGGAAGGCGACGAUGAUACCUUGUCAUCCAUCGAGGAGAAGGAGCUGGAGAAUGUAGCCGGUCCUGUUAGUCUUUCUACAUCCGCUCAGCUUGUGGCCCCCUGUAUAGCUCUGAAGGGCACGCUGUCCAUCACCUCCUCUGAACUGUAUUUUGAGGUAGAUGAAGAAGACCCCGGUUUUAAGAAAAUCGACCCCAAGAUACUUGCUUAUACCGAAGGACUGCACGGAAAAUGGUUGUUCUCAGAGAUUCGAUCAAUCUUUUCUCGCCGAUAUCUCUUACAAAACACAGCAUUGGAAAUCUUUAUGGCAAACAGAGUUGCUGUCAUGUUCAACUUCCCAGAUGCUGCAACGGUAAAAAAAGUAGUCAAUUGCCUACCUCGUGUGGGAAUUGGCACCAGUUUUGGGCUGCCACAGACGAGGCGCAUUUCUCUGGCCAGUCCACGUCAAAUUUUUAAAGCUUCAAAUAUGACCCAGCGAUGGCAGCACAGAGAAAUUUCAAACUUUGAAUAUCUCAUGUUUCUAAAUACUAUAGCAGGACGUACUUAUAACGACUUAAACCAAUACCCAGUAUUUCCUUGGGUUAUCACAAACUAUGACUCAGAAGAAUUGGACCUUACACUUCCCAGCAACUUCAGAGAUUUAUCAAAGCCUAUCGGUGCUCUUAAUCCCAAAAGAGGUGCGUUCUUUGCAGAACGCUAUGAAACAUGGGAGGAUGAUCAGGUUCCAAAGUUUCAUUAUGGUACUCAUUACUCAACAGCCGGUUUUACACUCACUUGGUUGUUAAGAAUUGAGCCUUUUACAACAUUUUUCUUAAACUUGCAAGGCGGAAAAUUUGAUCAUGCAGAUAGAACUUUUUCUUCCAUUUCAAGAGCAUGGCGUAAUUCUCAGCGUGACACCUCUGAUAUCAAGGAACUCAUUCCUGAUUUUUAUUAUCUUCCUGAGAUGUUUGUCAACGAGAAUAAUUACAAUCUUGGAGUGAUGGAUGAUGGAACAGUGGUAUCCGAUGUUGAACUUCCGCCAUGGGCCAAAACCCCAGAAGAAUUUGUUCGCAUAAACAGAUUGGCCUUGGAGAGUGAGUUUGUUUCCUGCCAGCUCCACCAGUGGAUUGAUCUGAUAUUUGGCUACAAACAGCAAGGUCCUGAGGCAGUUAGAGCCCUGAACGUAUUCUACUAUUUGACUUAUGAAGGAGCUGUCAAUCUCAACUCGAUAACAGAUCCAGUAUUGAGAGAGGCUGCUGAAGCUCAAAUCCGAAGUUUUGGACAGACUCCUUCCCAGCUACUCAUAGAGCCGCAUCCUCCAAGAAGCUCUGCUAUGCAGGUGUAUCUCCUCCUGCAGAGUCCGUUGAUGUUCACAGACCAAGCUCAACAGGAUGUCAUCAUGGUCCUGAAAUUUCCGUCCAACUCUCCUGUAACGCAUGUAGCAGCCAACACCCAGCCCGGUUUGGCAAAUCCUGCAGUGAUCACAGUUACUGCUAACCGGCUGUUCGCUGUAAACAAGUGGCACAGUCUUCCUGCUCAUCAAGGUGCUGUGCAGGACCAGCCAUACCAGCUGCCAGUGGAAAUCGAUCCUCUCGUAGCCAGCAAUACAGGUGUGCACAGGAGGCAAAUCACAGAUCUUCUAGAUCAAAGUAUUCAGGUCCAUUCUCAGUGUUUUGUCAUUACUUCGGACAAUCGCUAUAUACUGGUUUGUGGAUUUUGGGACAAAAGUUUCCGGGUAUACUCUACUGAUACAGGGAAACUGAUACAAGUAGUGUUUGGACACUGGGAUGUUGUCACCUGCCUUGCCCGUUCUGAGUCCUACAUUGGAGGAAAUUGUUAUAUUCUCUCAGGGUCUCGUGAUGCAACGCUCCUGCUGUGGUACUGGAAUGGCAAAACUAAUUGCAUUGGUGAUAACCCAAGUGGAGAAUUUGCAUCGCCUCGAGCUAUCUUGACAGGACAUGAUUAUGAAAUUGUCUGUGCUGCAAUUUGUGCUGAACUUGGCCUGGUAAUAAGUGGUUCUAAAGAUGGACCGUGUCUCAUACAUUCUAUGAAUGGAGAUCUACUGAGGACAUUAGAAGCACCUGAAAACUGUCUGAAAGCAAAACUUAUCCAGGCAUCAAGAGAGGGUCACUGUGUUAUAUACUAUGACAAUGGUCAUUUCUGUGUGUUCAGUGUGAAUGGGAAAUUGCAGGCCACUAUGGAAACUGAUGAUAAUAUAAGGGCAAUUCAGCUGAGCCGUGAUGGUCAGUACCUCCUUACAGGAGGAGACAAUGGAGUUGUUAUGGUAUGGCAAGUGUGUGACCUCAAACAGCUUUUUGCCUAUCCUGGUUGUGAUGCUGGAAUCCGAUCUAUGGCUCUUUCAUAUGACCAAAGGUGUAUAAUGACAGGCAUGGCUUCUGGCAGCAUAGUGCUUUUCUACAAUGAUUUCAACAGGUGGCACCAUGAAUACCAAACCAGAUACUGAAGCUGGAACUGCAGCUGGCAGAUGGAAACUUGAAGCGUAGCAAGUCUCUCUUCAGAGUCUGGCCAGAUCCUCAGUGCUUACAAAUAGUAAAUAUAACAUCUGAAUGUAACUUAAAAUUGCUGGAAGAAGCUAUUUUUUAAAGUUAAUUGCUAUUUUUGUAGAACUUGCUUGACUUUUUGGGGGGAAGGGAAAAGAAGCAGAAAAUGGCUGCCGGGGUCUGUAGUUUAAAAAGAAAAUCUAUAUUUUUUAGUCAUAGUAAGUCUAUUUUGAUUCAUGUAUGGGGAAAGACCUAAAGAUGGCUAAAAAUCUUGUACUAUCUAUAUUAUGACACAUGUUUCUCAUGUAAAUCUUUAUAAUCUUGAGGAUUAUUUGAUUUUAACAAUGGAAGUUGGUUAUAAUACUGGGGUUUUAAACUGGGCUUACCCCAUACCACAUUUUUGUCUUGUAUCUUUACAAUGAUUGUACUGCUUCAGCACUGACUUUUCUGGGAAUCAAUAAGAAUAUUUAAAUUAUGAGAUAAACAUAUGUUUCUUUUCAUCAAUGUAGUGAUCAAGCAUGCUUCUAAGUCUAGAUGAUUAGUUUUUUUGUUUGUUUUCUGUUUUGUUGUGCAAUUAAUGAAGAGGAAAUUAGCAACACAGUUGAUACACCAAGUGUGAGUCCUUAUGGCUUUUUCCUGAUCUCUCUUUCUAGCAUACCUAAAUGUGCAUUGUUCCAUAAAAUCAACCUUCAUUUUGAGAAUUAUUUACUUCCAUG